AUGUGGAAUAGCGACGAAUGGAUUGAUUCUGUGCAAGCUCUCGCUGGAAAUCGAGAUGGUUGGGCUAAGCUAUGUUCAAGGACGGCACACCUCGACAAAGAUGCGGUUGCUGCAGAUCGCAACGAAUCGAACAAGAAAACAAAUCUUGAGUUCUCUUUCCAUCGUAGAGGACAUUGCUAUGCUGUUAGCGCAAUAAGAAUUUACUCUACAUUUGACAGAACGUAG